AUCCAUGCAAGGCAAUUAUAUGGAAGGGAUAGCCCCCACAAUCGACAACAUACUAUUACUAGUUUUGAUCUUUUCUUAUCAAUAAUUUCGAAGUCCUUACCAAAAGUGAACGUUAAUAUUACAAUAAAUAGCGUAAAAGAAGCUUGAAAGCGUAGACCAUGAUCUUUGAUCCUUUCGCCGCCAGUACUAACCACCACCACCACCAUCACCAUCUCUCUCUCCACUUUUCUCUCAUCCAUAGGCAACCAAUUAUCUGCUUCAAAUAGAGUACUGACUGUUGAACAAAAUAUUCAAUCUGAUUUCCCAGGAAUUUUGUCAUUUUUUUCCACAAAACAAGACAUUGGAUAAGAUGCCGGCAGAGGAAUACAUGAUUCCGAUAGAAGACCUGCAUGAGAACCAAGCUGCGGGAAACUUAGAGAUCGCGACUAAACCGAGUAAAGCAGUUCAUGAGGAACAAAUUUCUGACAAUUUAGAGAGUCAGGGAAGCAUAAGAAUCGAUGUACCGAUCGUCAAACUGGAUAGCCAAGGAAGCUCAACAAACGAAGAUAUCAAAAGCACGUUUGCCUCCAGUGAGAGCUCUCCAGGGCCGAUCACUGGCGAACACAUGUUGUUGCUAAGUCGCCUGAAGACCAUCGCCGAAGGAAAAAACUGCGGCCAGGACAACAACAAAGGCCCAACGAAGAUACAAAAAGUGCCAGACAUCUUGUUGAGGCAAGAAAGUUGCUUAAAGUACUACAAGCCGAGAGCAAUCUCCAUUGGUCCUAUUCACAACGGUAGCAAAGACCUCAUGCUAAAGGACCAGGAUUUGAAGGAGAAACUCGCAGCGAAAUUUAUCAAAGACAGCGGCAAAAGCGGGGGAGAUUUGUUCGGAGAAAUCAAGGCUGUGAUCGGAGAUCUGAAGAAGUGCUUCGACGAGGCGGUGAUCAGUCCCUAUGGCGAUGAUAUGUUGGCCAUGAUGUUGUUCUUGGAUGGUUGUUCAAUUCUGCAGUUCAUACACAGCUGUGCGUUUAAUGAGGUCAUGGGUUUUGAGAUGAAUAACGGACAGGUCACUUUGAUCCAACAAGACUUAUUCUUGCUUGAGAACCAAAUCCCUUUCUUGGUUCUCAAGUUGUUGAUGAAUGCGAGCCACAACAAACAUGAGUUAAAACAGUCACUUGAAAUGUUUAUCCGAAUGAACGUUUUGGCACCUGAGAAGAAAGAUUGGAGCUGGAGCUUGUACACAGACAUGGAAGUCGAACAACCGCUUCAUCUUCUCGACCUUCUUAGAAAGGAACUUCUAAAGCCGGUUCGUGAUGAACAUAUUGCUUGCUUCGUACCACCCUUAACUCUUCAUCAAGAGCAAGAGUACAAAAUGCAUCCGUCAAAUUGCCACGGGUAUUAUGCACGGUCAUUUCGCAACGUCCAGGACCUCAAAGCAGCUGGAAUAAAGCUGAAGCCAAGCGAGACAAGCUCCUUACGAGACAUAACCUUCACUUCUCUCUACUUUUCCGGCCACCUAAAGCUUCCUCCCCUGAUCGUCGACGACUCAACAGGACGCAAGUUGUUGAACCUCGUCGCCUUCGAGAUGUGCCCCGAUAAUUGCCAGACAGUUUAUCAAGUGACAUCGUACCUGAGCUUCCUAGAUUUACUCAUCGAUAAUGAGGAAGAUGUCAAAGAUCUCAGGUCAGCAUACAUACUCAGGAACCGCCUCAGUAGCGACGCGGAAGUGGCUCAGCUGUUUAACGCCAUAGGAACUAACUUGGUUCGCGGUGACGCCUACGUCGAUGUGAAAAUCAUGAUACAGCGGCACUACGAGAGAAGGUGCGCGACUUGGGUAGCUCAAAUCUAUCGCGACCAUUUCAGUAGCCCGUGGACGAUUCUGGCUCUUAUUGCCGCUGUUACAGCCCUUUUCUUGACCGGAAUUCAGACGUGGUUUGCGUUUCGUCCUUGCAAGUGAUCGAUAAGUUUUUAUAAGUAUGUGAGUCAUAGCGUGUGUUAGUUUCUGUAAAAUUAAAAAAAAUUAGUAAUAAAUUAAGAAGAAGAAUAAACAAGUCAUGGAUCGUAUAAGAAGAAGUAGUUUACGAUUGAUGAAGUGUUUCUUUUUUGUUUUUUGAGGCUCAAAAUAAACGAUCAAUUGUUCGGGCUGUUAGUUUAUUCUGUAAU